UCCCAAACAGUAGCAGCAGCAGGGAGUAGAGAGCAGAGGGGCGAACUUUGACGUAUUCGGUUUUGAAUUUCUCCGAACAACAGACCACAGGCUGCUACACGUAGCUAAACGCUAACAGGCUCCAGGCAGUUAAGAGCAAACACGCCACCUGAGUAAACACUGCCUUCACAAUACAAAUCACAAGCUAGCUCGCAAGCCCCGUGAUAUAGCACCUGAUUUCCACUGCUGAGCACCAUCAAGUAGGUGCUUAGUGCUAGUAUUAAGCUGUUUGCACCGCUUUGUUAUCAGUGAUGGACUUCAGACUGUAGCUGCACACUCUGCUGUGUUUGAAGACUUUUUGCUUUCACUUCCUGUGAAGGGAUCUCAAAGAGGACAGCACCCUUCAUCAUGGCUGCUGCUGCUGCUGUUCAGUCCACCAGAGGCAGUCUGAGAGAGGACCUGACAUGUGCCAUAUGCUGUGAUCUGUUCCGAGAGCCUGUCAUGUUGGCCUGUAUGCACCAUUUCUGCAAAUCUUGCAUAUCCAGGUACUGGAGAGGAACGGAGGGGCCGGUCACCUGCCCACAAUGCCGCAAGGAGUUCAGCUCCAAGCAGUUUCACACUAACUACCUUGUGGCAGCCAUGGUGGAGAAGGUCCGUGCCACUACCUCGGAUGCUUACACCAAGAACCUAGAGAAACAACUGAAGGAGACUUUGGAGAGCCACCGCCUGAGGAAGCAGGACUUCAUCAACAGCAUUCACAGAGACAAAGAAAAGAUGAAUAUUAUAAAGAGGGUCGCGGCAGAUCUCCAGGCGCGUGUCAAAAGUGAGUUCCAAGCUCUCCAUCAGAUCCUGCACGAUGAGGAAGCCUGUACGCUGGAGCAGCUGAGGAGGGAGCAGGAGGAGGAGCUGGUGAAAGUCCAGCACCACCUGGAGGUCACGGAGCAGGCAGCGAAGGAGCUGGAGGACAAUAUAAAAGCGCUGCAGGAGGCCAGCACUGCCACCCAGGACAUCGUACUGACUGAGCUCCCAGCGCUAAGACCAUGUGCGCAGGUGGAUGUUGCCCCGGAGUUUGAUAUAAAUGCUUUCAGUAACAAAUACCUGGCUCCCUUACAAUACAUCACAUGGAGGAGGAUGUUCAAAUCUUUGAAACCAGGUCCCUCCCUGUUGACGUUUGAUGUCGACACAGCACACCCGAGCAUUCAAGUCUCAAGAGACAAGACCGUGGCGGUUGAAUCUAACGCCAUGACCCACCACGUGAACCACAACAAGCGCUUCCUCCAGUGCGUCAAUAUUCUGGCUGCCCAGGGCUUCCAGUCGGGUCAACACUACUGGGAGGUAGAAGUGGGCACCAGCCCUAAGUGGGACCUGGGAGUGGCCUUGGAGAAUGUCAACAGGCACGCUCGGAUCAAGCUGAGCCCGGAAAGCGGCUACUGGACCUUGCGGCUGCGCAACGGGAACGAGUACUCGGUGGGAAAGCAGCCGUGGGAGAGGCUGCGGGUCAGAUCUUCCCCGCACAGGCUCGGGGUUUUCUUGGACUGCGACGAGAGGAGGGUCUCCUUCUACAACGCAGACGACAUGAGUCUGCUCUACUCGUUCGCCAACGGGCCGAGGGGCAAGGCGUUCCCCUUCUUUAGCCCGUGCAUUACAGACAGCCGCCACAAACCUCAGCCCAUAAAGCUCCUCCACUACCCUCCUGCCGCUCUGUCCGGCUGAUAUCGCUGCAAUCAAUCAAUGCUUUCUCACACAACACGGUUAUCAGCCAUUAUUUGAAUCAGCGUGACGUAAACAUUCUUUUUACAAAUUUCUGACUUGAUUUUGCCAGAUGCUGUUUUCUAUCUUAAAAGCUUUAGAAUGUUCAGAAAAUUGUCUUACUCAUCAAAGUAAAAAAAAAAAAUCCACUUUGUAGUAAUCAUCGUGCCAAGGCUUAUGGACAAAUUAGCUUAAAUGCAGUAUUAAAACGCUGUGCUCUAGCUUAGAUGCAUCAAAUUACAUUAAUGGCAUACUCAGUCUUCAACAGAUAUGUUUAAUAGAUGUAGAUAAAUGAGUUUUUCUAUGAUAAUUGGAAUAAUUGCCAGGUCAGACUAUCUUUAGACUGACUUGUAAAAUCACCAAGUUCAGUCAGGGUGAGGUUAUUAUGCACUUUAUUACAAGAUUUUGUAUGUGAUUGAGUUCUUUCUAUUUCCUACACAAUCUGUUUAUUCGUUUCUAUUCAUUAUGUAUGUGCCUAAUUUUGAAGCCAUGUAUCAUGAGUUUAAUUUUCUUAGCUUAGGAAAAUGCUAAAAAGCAGUCUUAUGCCUCCUGUCCACUCUCUUUCCUUACGUUUCAUGUCCUUGUGUACAUACACCAAGUGCACGUUCAGUCAUUUCCUUUCCUCGUGUAUAAAGUGCUUAUGCAAAUAAACCGAAUCACUUUUUCUUCCUCAAACACUGCCUUUGAUUCUUUUCUACAACGCCACACGCUGUGGAAGUGCAAACCCAACCCUACUUGAAACAAUCAAGGAUGCUAUUAAGCAUCAUCAAAGCAAAGUUUGCAACUGCACACUGCAACUGAUGUGAAUCCAAAGCUAUCCUAACAGGAGACGCGGUGGAGGGUUGCUGACUCGCCUGCACCGGAAUUUUUUUAUUUUAUGUUUUUUUGUUUAAACGCGCGAGCCAUCGCUGACACUUCCACAGCGAAAACAGGCGGGCUUUUGGUUAUCUUUGCAAACACACGACAGCACCGACGUCCUGUUUCCUCCCGCCAGGUGAAAGGUCAGAUAAACAGUGACAGUGUGGUUGCCUGUGGGUCUUCUGGACAGGCCUCAGGGGGACUCUGCUGAAGCAGGAUGCUGCUGCCUGCUCCUCCUGAUUGGGAAAGUGGCACAAUAAACUGGACCGGUGGGGGAACUGUGCUACACGGAAUAUGCAUUCAUCAUGCUGUUAUCACACACUUUCUUUUAUGUACGUGUUCAGGUUUAGCGACAUUGCUGUAAAUGAUGAAGUAAACCUUUUACAUUCUUGUUUUUCUCUUCUUUACAGGUCAUUCUGUUUGACUCUGUGGAACACAUUUGUGCCUUUUGGGUGUGAUAUACAUCUAUAUACUACAAGAUGUUUCUUAUUGUAAUUAAAACAUGUUAGGCAAUGUAAUGGUAAUAGAGCUAAACAGUGGCCAGUCUGUUUAAUGGGACACUCAGCUCUACAGAGCCUUUGGGUAUCCUAUGUAUCUCAAAGCGACACUAUUUAAU